AUGUGGCUCGACGUCCCGACACGCGCUAUUGAAAUCCUUCAAUCCCACAGACUCAACGUCGCGGCUGCCAUCCACGCCGCCGAACACGGAGUUCUCUCCCUGCUACCCUCAUUCGUCGUCUCAUCGCCCGGCGACGUCCGCACAGAAUGCAAAGUCGCGAAGAAAGAGCUCGGCCGUCCCCUGCGCCGCGCAAACGGGGCCAACUUCGACGAAAAGCUCAAGCCGCCUUCGCGGCAAAGACCCGCGCGACUUACAUUCUACGAUGCGAAGGGCGGGUCGUGUGGCUCCGGGAUUGCGAGUAAGGCGUUUGAGUUUAUUGGACUGCUACUCCGACGAGCGGUUGCGCGCAUCGAGGCCUGCUCCUGUCUCUCGCCUCAGGGGUGUGUAGAGUGUGUUUGUGAUGAGCGGUGUAAGGAGAUGAAUGUUGUUAUGAGCAAGGCUGGUGCUGGGGUUAUAUUGCGGUGUUUGUUGGGGUGGGAGGUGGAUGUUGAUUCGUUGCCGUGGGGGGAGGAUGGGGAAAGGGAGGAGAUUGGGGUUGGUGGGGAGUUGGCUGGUGGGUUGGAGACUGUGACUAGGGCUGAGGAGGUGCCUUGGAAGGCUGGUUGUCGGGGGGAUUGUUGA